UUCCUGUGGCUCUUCUGCAGGUUCAGAUUCAGAGAUGCUGACCCUGGCCUGCAGCCGGCUGAGACCACUGCGGGGAGGCCCCCAGCUGGGGUGGACGGGCCUCCAGCCUCCCCGUGGGUGCCUCCGAGGAGCCAGCCUGGCAGCACCACUGCUGGCCCUCAGUGCUGCUCUCCUUCUUGCAGGCCUGUGGGCCUCCCAGCCCUGUCUGCCCGCUCCUGUGGGAGGACAGGCUGGGGCAGGAGCCCAGGGCUGGGGCAGAUGAGCGGGACAGCCCAGCAGGAGUAGGAGGGAAGUGAGAAGCUGGGGUGGGGCAGGCUGGGAGGAAGCAGAGCCUGAAAAGCAGAAGUCGAGGAAGAAGAGCUGCUGAAAGGUGAAGUGGGAGGGCGGCUGAGAGAGAGUUGGCCCCUGGGACGGGCUGAUCGGGACCCUCUCAGGGCAGAUCCGGAAACAGCAUGUACACACCCAUCCCCAAAAGCGGCUCCCCGUUCCCAGCCUCGGUGCAGGCUCCUGGCCUGCACGUGUGGCGGGUGGAGAAGCUGAAGCCAGUGCCGGUAGCACGUGAGGACCAAGGCAUCUUCUUCUCGGGCGACUCGUACCUAGUGCUGCACAAUGGCCCAGAGGAGCUCUCCCACCUGCACCUGUGGAUAGGCCAGCAGUCAUCCCGAGAUGAGCAGGGGGCCUGCGCCAUGCUGGCCGUGCACCUCAACACCCUGCUUGGGGAGCGGCCUGUGCAGCACCGAGAGGUGCAGGGCAAUGAGUCCGACCUCUUCAUGAGCUACUUCCCACGUGGCCUCAAGUACCAGGAAGGCGGAGUGGAGUCAGCAUUUCAUAAGACCUGCCCAGGGACCACCCCAGCUGCCAUCAAGAAACUCUACCAAGUGAAGGGGAAGAAGAACAUCCGUGCCACCGAGCGGGCGCUGAGCUGGGACAGCUUCAACACUGGGGACUGCUUCAUCCUGGACCUGGGCCAGAACAUCUUUGCCUGGUGUGGGGGAAAGUCCAACAUCCUGGAGCGCAACAAGGCGCGGGCCCUGGCCCUGGCCAUCCGGGACAGUGAGCGGCAGGGCAAGGCCCAGGUGGAGAUCGUCACUGAUGGGGAGGAGCCUGCUGAGAUGAUCCAGGUCCUGGGCCCCAAGCCUACUCUGAAGGAGGGCAACCCCGAGGAAGACCUCACAGCUGACCAGACAAAUGCCCAGGCUGCGGCUCUGUAUAAGGUCUCUGAUGCCACUGGACAGAUGCACCUGACCAAGGUGGCUGACUCCAGCCCUUUUGCCCUGGAGCUGCUGCUCUCUGACGACUGCUUCGUGCUGGACAACGGACUCUGUGGCAAGAUCUACAUCUGGAAGGGGCGAAAAGCUAAUGAGAAGGAGCGGCAGGCGGCCCUCCAGGUGGCUGAGGACUUCAUCUCCCGCAUGCAGUACUCCCCAAACACUCAGGUGGAGAUUCUGCCCCAGGGCCGUGAGAGUCCCAUCUUCAAGCAAUUCUUCAAGAACUGGAAAUGAGGGUGGGCGUCUCCCCCUCCAACCUGCUUGCUCCUCCUCCGGCUGCCUGGUCAGUUGCCCCCCGCGAUGUUCAAUAAAGGCGACAAGUGCU